GGAAUCUAAAUUAAGUAGAACUUCUGGUACCGACGAGGAUGGUGGAAAUUAUUAUGCGAAGUUAAGAAGAUUAAAAAUACAGGAGGAAAUUUUAACAGUUGCUGCAAAUAAAAACCCGGGAAAGUGUGAUAACGAAGAAUUUGAAUGCUCCCAUAGCAAUAUGCACUUGGACCUUAAAAAAUAUAUAAAUAAGAUAAAGAAAACUUAUGCUGAAAUUAAAAAUCUAUUUGAAGAUGUGAAAGCGAUUACAAACGAUCAUGAAACCUUGAAGAACAUAGAUAUCGACGAUAUCAAAAAAGAUAUAUUUGACUUGGAUGAAAAAAUGAAAUCCUUUAAAAAUUAUAUAGGUAAAGAAAUAAAUUUAUUAAAAGUUGCUGAGCAAGAAAUUGUAAAGCAGAUCCAAGAGAAACCAGAUAAUCAAAAGUAUAUUAAAAUGCAGACAAAAGUACACCCAAAACCUCAUUACAACGAAGUUGUGCCAAGUCCAGUGCGAGCCAUAAUAAAUUCACCUUUUAAAUGUGUUGAAGUUCAACGAUUCCAAGAAUUCAUGAAAAACAGUUGUAACCGUUAUGGUGGAUGGGAUGAAUAUAAUCAUAAUAUUUUUGUAAAUAUUUGGAACAAACACUACAACUGCGACGAAGUAUUUGAAACACCGCCAUUUUCAGAGGUUUCUUACACGAGGUUUCAAGACGAAGUUCUACAAAAGAUAUUUGGAGUAAAAGUCGAAGAUGUAAUGGCACACACACAAUGGUAUGUCGAAUAUACAAAAUUGAAAAGAUGCCAAGAAGUAGCUCUUAACAAGUGGAGAGAAAACAAAAGAAAAAUUAAAAAUCCUAAGCAAAUUUGCAAGGAAAGCAUUAGUGACACAAACACUAAAGCUAGAACUAGAUUAUGUAAGAAGGGAACUUAUGCUGCAGUUGCAAAAGGAAAUAAAUCGAAUGAACAAGAGUUCGGAUUGGAUGAACUCUUACAAGAAUUAGAUUUGAGUGAGAACUGUGCAGAAACAUUUAUUCUAGAUAACACAUCCGGAAAUAAAGGAGAUAAUUUUAAACGAGAGCGUGAAGCUUUUUCUACUUUUUAUAAGCCAACAAAACAAUGGAAAAAUCGAUGCCAAGGAAAUAGCGAUUUUAUUGGCAAUCUUAACAUAGAUGAUAUGAAAAAACUAAAAACACCGUUGUGGCGUAUAGAUUUAAAGUAAUUAAACCUUAAUCACUGCUGAUAGUAUAAAUAAAUAUUAAAUCGAAGAAGAUUAAUAUAAGAAAAAAAUAUAUUGACUAGAGCCUAGACUAGAGCCCUAGACUCUAGAGGCAUCAAAGAUAACAGUCGCAAUAAUUUUGGUGUUGGUGAGAUGGGAUGGGAAGCUUAAGAAAGAAAGAAAUGCAUAUGAAAAUUUAGAUAGAUAGAUAGAUAAUACUUUAUUGCACACACACAAGAUUAACAAUACACACAGAAAAAGACAAAUAAAUGCAAGUAUGUACAAAUGGCGGCCUUGUCGCUAGGCAGCGAUCUCUUCCAGACUACCAUUAAUAUUAACAGGGAAACAGCUACCAUUAAUAUUUACAGGAAAUACUAUGGACAUACAUUAUUGUUUGGUAGGGUACUUGUAAAAGAAACAACGUAAACGUUUUACAACAAAUUUAUUUAACAAUUACCUAACUUAUAUUUACAAUACUUACAUACUAUUAUAUCUAAUGUGUUUAAUAUUUAAAAAUAAAUUAAACACCCG